CAUAAUUAGCUAGAACAUUGUCAUAAAACCUCUUAAAAAGUCAGAGGCCAGAGAGUAUCAGUCGACCACUAUCAUAGUUGGCGAGGGUUCAUCUCUGUGGUGCUGCUUCCCUAUACGCAGAAUGACUCGCUGCUGCGCUUUUCUUGUGCUUAUUUGGGUUGCCGAGCUUCAGCUGACGUCAUCUAACAUCAUCGACAAAGCUUAUCCAGGAGACAGUAUCGCAGACUUUACAGGAAAAGCUCAAGACUUGAGUGAUACUGAAGAUGCGCCUUACCAGCAAUCUGACAAAGGAUUGCUUGAUAAGUUGCAAAAGUUCAUUAAAGAAAAAAAUCUCGAGCAAGAAUGCACCGAGGAAGCAACCAAGAAAACAGGACACCUGCUGAAGGAGAGGGAAGAAAAAGACAAGAGAAUUCUUAGAAACAACUACCAGAUCUUGCAGCAUGGCGAAGAAUCUUUUGCGUCAAGUAAAGAAUGGUUAUCAGCAAUAAAGAGUGGGAUUUGCACUGUGUGUUUGGUCAAGAAAAUAUGCAGUCACCCACCAAGCUUUUUGUCUAAAGAUACCGCAAAGUGCAGGAAGCAGGUACUCCGGUUAACGUCGAAGAUCCCAAGCAUUGAAAAAAAAUUAAAAUGCAACCCACACGAACGCUUUCGUUCCAUAAAUGGCACGUGUAAUAACCUGAAGAAUCCAACGUGGGGGGCUGCCCUAACUGCCUUUGAAAGAAUCGAGGGACCAGAUUACGCCGAUGACCUUUCGGAACCCCGAAAAUCUCAAUCCAACAAGCCUCUUCCGAACGCUCGAGACGUCAGUCGGAAAGUACACGGCAGCAACGCAGAUCACAGCAAUCCUGAUUCCAAGACACUCAGCCAUUUGGCCAUGAUAUGGGGACAGUUUCUGGAUCACGACAUCACGCUUGCACUUGGUACUGGAAUCAACUGUGAACUGGACACUAAAGAUCCGGAAUGCGUAAAUAUAGAGAUCCCAGAAGACGAUGAUGUCUUUCGGAAUAGGGAAGUCACAUUUAUCGAGGUUGAACGAGAUGCCCCUUUCAAACCGCCACACUACUGCUCAUUGCGUCCUCGAGAACACAUCAAUCGACUGACGGCUUUCGUCGACGGCUCCCAGAUCUACGGCUCGGAAGAUGAACUUGCAGAAAAUCUAAAGGGAAACGGAGGGAUGCUUAGGGACAUGCAACAUCCUCACGGGUGCCCGUUUAAGAACCUGCUGCCUAGACAAGAUCCUGAUGUAUUCUGCGUCUCCAAGGACCCAAACAGGCCCUGCUUUAUGUCAGGAGACGAACGUACCAACGAAAACCAAGGUCUUAUGUCGAUGCACACUCUCUGGCUUCGCCAACAUAAUCUCAUCGCCGAACAACUAAGCCAGAUAACCGACUGGGAUGCGUCAAGAAUUUUUCAAGAAACAAGGAAAAUAAUUGGCGCGCAACUCCAAGUGAUAACCUACAACGAGUUUCUUCCGCUGAUACUAGGGAAAAAAACGAUAAAGGACUUUAAUCUGAAGCUCUUGGAAGGAAGAAGCUUUUUCAAAGGCUAUGAUAAAAACGCAAACCCAUCAAUCUUUGCAGCCUUUGCAGUGGCAGCUUUUCGCUUCGGACACAGUCUCGUUCAAGAGGAAUUCCGAAGAUUAACUGAAUGUGGAUUUCAGCACGAACCCUGCAGCUACUGCCCCCAACAGAAAGACAACUUUCUGCCAAUCCCACUGAAGGAUUUUGGCAAUCCUUUCUACUUGUACGAGAAAUGUGAAGGAGGAAUUGACAGUAUUUUCAGAGGACUGGUAAAGGAUCCAGCGGCAAAAGUGGAUGGAAAGUUUUCCAAGUCCAUACAAGAAAACCUGUUCAGAGGCCCCGGUGAUCUAUCAGACCUUAUAAGCAUCAAUAUCCAACGGUCACGUGAGCGUGGAGUGCCCUCUUAUGUCACGUUCCGUAACAGUGGCGUGUGUAACUUAAAAGCAAAUAUCAAAAGCUUUGAAGAUCUCAAGAAAAUUGGGUUCAGCAAGGAAGACAUUAAAAAUCUAAAGAAAGUAUACGAGGAUGUCGUGGAUAUCGACUUGUUUACCGGAGGACUACUGGAGCCGCCCAGUGAAUCUACAAAAGGUGGCGUAUUAGGCCCAACGUUCCAAUGCCUCAUUGCUGAGCAGUUUCGACUCUUGAGAGUGGGGGAUCGGUUCUGGUUCGAAAAUGAGCCAAAAGCUUCCUCGCAUACGACCAAAACGGCAUUCACGGCCUGUCAGCUGGAGGAGAUUAGAAAGACGUCCCUGGCAAAAGUAAUCUGCAAUAACAGCGAGUACAUUGCUGCCAUCCCGAAAGAGGCUCUUAGUCUUGUGAAAGGGUUUGUCAGCUGCAAUGAGCUGCCUGGUGUAAACCUGGAGGUCUGGAAAAGCAGCUUUGUGUGUAAGCCAAAAUAAGCAGAUCACCAACUGGAAAGAAAAAAGCAAGCAAGACACAACUUAAUUUGAUUAUAAAGUAGUAACCGACAAUGCUGCACACCUAAGAUAUGAACAUAGAUGAUGAUUACCACAAUCAAGGACUUAGUAAUUCAAUAUGUACAGUGCAAAAUAAUAUCAGUAGUAGUAAAAGUAGAAAAUAUAGUAGAAAACACAAAGAUGACAAACCGUAUUUCUGUCACAGUUAGAAAUGAAAUUCUGACGUCAAUAAACAUUCAUUUAUCUAGCCCUACCGAA